GCAGUUGGAGAGAGAUAGAGACAAACAGAGAAGAGAGAAACGUUUGUUUGUCUUGUUUUUUUUUUUGGUUGGUUUGGUCGCAGUUAAAAAGGUUGUGUCAUUAUAUGAAAGAAAACCAUGGUGUCGGACCAAGAAAUAGCAAGAGGUGUGGAGAACUUACUCCGGCAAUCGGACCCUAGCGUCGCCACCAACUUAAACGGCGUCGUUCAACAGCUUGAAGCCAAGUUAGGUCUUGACCUUUCUCAUAAAGCUGGUUUCAUUAGGGACCAGAUCAACCUCCUCCUCAGUCCACCACAAACCCAAGCUCAGCCACCUCCAAAGGACCAUUUUAACCUCCAACACCACCCUCAAUUCACUUCCCAUCAUCAUCAUCCCCAAUUUCCUCCCCAUUUUGCCCUUCAACAUCACUCACAAUUUCCUUCUCAUGAACUCAACUUCCGUCAACCGCAUCCUCCUCUCACAGCUCAACCACCGCCGCAGCUUCAGCCACAAUUGCAGCGGCACCACCCCCAUCACCGUCAGCACCAUCACCACCAGCAGCAACCUCAACAGCUUCAGCAGCCCCAGCCGGUUGCCUCCAAAGCCGAAGUUUUCACUCAAAAUGCCGCUACCAUUGCCACUACCGAAGUCCCUAAAGAAAGUGCUCCGGUUGGACCUAAAAGAAGAGGUGGAUCAGGGGGUUUGAACAAAGUGUGUAGUGUUUCACCAGCACUUCAAGCCAUUGUCGGCGAGCCAGCUUUGCCUAGGACUGAGAUUGUCAAGCAGCUAUGGGCAUAUAUAAGGAAAAACAGCCUGCAAGAUCCGAGUAACAAGAGAAAGAUCAUUUGCGAUGAUGCCUUACGUGUGGUGUUUGAGACAGACUGCACUGAUAUGUUCAAGAUGAACAAGCUGCUGGCAAAACAUAUUACCCCCCUCGAUCCUUCAAAGGAAUCGAGUCAAACUAGAAAAGGGAAGGUAAAAGUCGAGUCCACCACUGAAGGUGUUGAACCAGGGCCCAAACCUGUAAUAUUAUCCGAGGCGCUUGCCAAGUUUUUGGGUACUGGAGGAAGAGAAAUGCUAGCAACCGAGGCAGAAAAUCGUGUUUGGGAGUACAUAAAGGUUAAUCGUUUGGAGGAUCCGUCGAAUUCAAUGGUGGUACUGUGUGAUGCCAAUCUUCGUGAACUUCUUGGAUGCGAAAGCAUAUCAGUGAUGGGCGUACGGGAGACGCUACUACGACAUCAUUUAUUUAAGCAGUCUUAAGAUCUCUGAUAUAUAUCUGCUAGUAUUAACUGGUAGAACAAAUAGUGACGGCCCUUUUCUCUUUUGUACGCGGUUCUUUUGUUAUGUUGGUUCUUUUUGUGCAUUCGAGUUCUUUAGAUUCGAAAGCUUUAAAGCUAGUUUGCUUGUGUAUGGUCGAAAUGAAAAUGUAGGAUGGGGCUUAUGAUGGCAAGGAUAUUUUGUAGUUAUGCCGUUAGCCCCGGAACCAUCUAGGUGUACUUGUUUAUUUUGUCAUAGGACCGUCUUUUCCGAUGCUAACCUCAAAACUAAACUGAAGUUGAAAUGGAAAUACAAGCUGGUUUAACUUAUUACAA